GUAAAAGACCUGCACACCGACCUCGUGAAGAGACAGACGCGCCACCCGAUCGACAAACAAACAACGCAACGGUACCCUGCAUCUUGCAAGCGACCGACCUGGCCCCACGGGAGCUUCCCAACCUGGCCCCUCUACCUACUCUUAUGGUCACGGCUCAAGCUAGCUAUCACGCGAGGAUAACAGCGAGAGCAUUUGGAAGCAAGUACACAAAUGGCUAAGGAGCAACGAGUAACAGUCAUACCUUACGCGCCAUCGACGACAAGCUGUUGUUAUGCCGUCAUUAUAGAUCCGCUAUCGUACGGCCGGUUUCGAUCGUUUGUACAUCGAUGGGCGAGCGAAACGCCAUACCGUCCCGUCUUUCGCGGUUCCUCAACCCUGAAAACUUCGUCAACUGCAUCGCAAUGCUACCUGAUACAUAGGCCUACGCCUUGCUCUUCUUUCCACUACCAUCAAUUUGUUCCAUGUCCUCGAAGGAUACCUCGAAGGUCCUCAUUACGAUUCGCUCCUCGACCUAGCAGUCUCGAGGAAAUGCGAGCUGAGGAUUAGACCCUAUCGCGGGCAGAAUAGGCCUACUUAGCAGGCCUACUUUUGGGGUACUAAUGUAUGUACCUUUUAC